CAGGCAGCCAGCCAGCAGCCAGCCUUCUUCAGGAGCCCAGUCUCUCUACCAGCGUCAGCCUAGACAACAACGCCACAAGGCGAACACUUUUAUAUUAUUACCCCUGAUCGCCGGGAAAGGGUUAAGAUACAUUUCUUAAUUCUCUUUCUUACUUUGAUAUCGGCACAAGAAGUGUUAUUACGCCGCUGCGGAUACUUUAAACACUCGUCAAGCCGAAAUAAGGAGCGUUGCCGCCUUUCAACCAUACACAUCCACGCGUCGUUAGCAAUGUCUUUUAAACGUGAAGGAGAUGACUCGAGCCAGCUGAAUCUGUUAAAGAAGCGGAGGGUGGCUGAUCUGCUGGUGGCAAACAUUGCCGAAGACGAGGCGAUGUUGUGUAGCAAUGGCAGGCUGGCGUGCACCGUGUGCCCCCAUCGGCCCGUCUUCGACACCGUCGAUGUCCUCGCGUCGCACCGUCGGGGCAAGCGCCACCUACAGAGUUUGCAGAAACACUAUGGCAGGAAGCUUGACCUGAAGAAUGAGCUACUGAAAAGGAAACACAGGGCCUACGUGGAAGCAGAGAGCGGCACAGCCCAGGAGGACCCGGCUCCGCUGCUGAGUGAGACCCGUCAAAAGGCGUAUCACGCCCUGCUCAAGAGUGCUCCCUACAACAGCUGCUGCCACAAGAGAAGAGUUCCGAGCGAUGAAGGUUCGGAGAGCGCGAGCGGUGGCUGCAGUCGUGGCGCGGAGCAGCGAGCGGAAGCGCGGGACUCUCCCUCCUCGCCGGGACCGGCACCAUCUCCCCGUCUCCCUGCCGCCGCCGCCGCCUCCUCAGCUCCCUCGCCGUCUGCGCCUCAAGGCGCUGCCGCCGGUGCCGAGAGAAGGGGGGUGACAAAGUCUGAGAAGUGCAAGAGCAAGGGCGCACGGGACGUGCCGUGCCAGCCCGCAGAUCCGGCCAGGAGGCAUGAGCUGGAACAUUACCUCCACCUCAAAAGUUUGGGCUGGGUCCGCAACAGGGACGGACAGUGGGAGAAGGAUGAAGACGUGGAGUUUGACUCGGACGAGGAGGAACCUCCCGUCAUCGCUCCUCUUCCUCCCAUGGUGCCUCAAGCAGAUACAAUCAACAUUGCUCCACCUCCACUCUCUCAGCCCUCCGAUCACCCAACUCCCCAUCGGCAGAAACGGCAGCAGCCACCGGGCAUCUUUAAGCGGCGGUGAUGUCCCCGUAGCGCUCUGUGCCUGGCUAGGUGCACGUUGAGGCUGUCGCCGUGAAGUGUCGAAUGCUCGCUGGCGAAGAGUUCCACAGGGCGGAACGAGGUGUCCCGUGUGUUACUCACCGAGACGAUUAGAAUCAUCGGAGCACUCGUGCCUGGCUAGGUGCACGUCAAAGACUCACCAGAAGGAAGUCCGGGGCAGACGCAGGCAUUGUGGGUCACAGACAGCGGCGACUGGCACAUCAUCGCAAGAUAUUUCCAUUAUGAUGUGAAAUGUUAUUUGUCACUGCGCUGGCCUUGUGAAAGUCUUCAGAAAUGGAGGGGGUGCAACUGGAAAAAUACUUGAUACUCAGUAAUGGUCAUCCUCCAAAAGAUAUGCUUGUGUUGAGAGUAUUUAAAACAUUUUAUUUUUUUACCAGGUAAGGCCCACUGAACUAUACAGCUGUUUUUUCAGAAGCGACAAGGCCGCAGAUGAUAGCUCAACGAAGUGGCUCAUCAAGUGGAAAUUUACAGCAGCCAAAUACUUUCUCAAUGCAUGUUGCAAAAUGUGGAGGGGGAAAACUGGAGGACCCAGAGAAAAAUCCACAUGGCCACGGGGAGAGAAAGUCCAAAUAUGCAGCGGGCAUCAGGGUCAGGAUUGAACCCACUUCCUCCUGCAUAUCAGGCGAGGUCGUUAACAUCAAUAUCGCAGGUUGUUUCAGGUUGUGUGUGUUGAUCUUCACAUUGUGUUCUUGUUGAGUGCGGGUUACUUUGAAACUGACAUUGGGCUUGACGGGAUCCAAUGAGAUUUUCCACAUUCCUGGAAAGUUGGUCCAAAGGCUUAAGCGUGCCAUAAGAUCCUUGAGUGAUUUCAUACGUCAUACAAAAAACAAAAGCAGGACUUGUUUUUCCGAAGUUUUAUUUAUUUUUUAUAACAUUCAAAAUUUUGUACAUAAAAAACAUGAAUAAAAAUGUAUGGAUUUUUUUUUUACCAUGAA